CUGCAGUGUCCCGCCAUUAUCUCGCUCCUUCCCCUUUCCGUCCCCCAUGACCACCCUCUCAACUCCCUGUUCGCUGCGGCACUGGGAGAGGGGAUAUUCCUACAGGCAUGUGCACUAGCUCCCUACGGUUACGCUAAAUUCUCCUUCCCCCUCCCAAAAUCUCGCUCUCGUGCGCCCGGUAACAGCGGACCAGGAGCGCGCACGCCGCAGGCAGGGGGCGCGCCCGUAGGUCAGAGGGUGCCGGGGUAAGGCGCGUGCCUGCGGCUGUUGCCAAGGCUUUUUCUGCUGCCCCGUAGUGAUUGCAGAGUUGAGUCCAGCAGGAAAGAAGAGAUAAUGUCUCCUGAAGUUGCCUUGAACAGAAUUUCACCAGCACUUUCUCCAUUCAUUUCCAAUGUGGUUAGAAAUGGAAAAGUAGGACUGGAUGCUACUAACUGUCUAAGAAUUACAGACCUGAAAUCCGGGUGUACCUCUUUGACACCUGGACCCAGCUGUGAUCGGUUUAAGUUGCAUAUUCCAUAUGCUGGAGAAACCCUCAAAUGGGAUAUAAUUUUCAAUGCCCACUACCCAGAGCUGCCACCAGAUUUUAUCUUUGGAGAGGAUGCUGAAUUCCUGCCAGAUCCCUCUGCUUUGCAUAAUUUAGCCUCCUGGAAUCCUUCAGACCCUGAAUGCCUCCUGCUUGUUGUGAAAGAGCUUGUCCAGCAAUAUCACCAAUUCCAAUGUAGUCGAUUACGCGAGAGCUCUCGCCUCAUGUUUGAAUACCAAACUUUACUUGCGGAACCCCAGUAUGGAGAGAACAUGGAAAUUUAUGCUGGCAAAAAAAACAACUGGACUGGUGAAUUCUCAGCUCGCUUCCUUUUGAAGUUACCAGUGGAUUUCAGCAAUAUUCCCACAUACCUUCUCAAGGAUGUGAAUGAAGAUCCAGGAGAGGAUGUUGCUCUUCUUUCAGUCAGUUUUGAGGAUACAGAAGCUGCUCAAGUUUUUCCCAAGCUAUAUCUGUCCCCGCGUAUUGAACAUGCUCUUGGAGGCUCCUCUGCCCUUCACAUCCCAGCCUUUCCAGGUGGAGGCUGUCUCAUUGACUAUGUGCCACAAGUGUGCCAGUUACUAACUAACAAGGUACAAUAUAUUAUUCAAGGAUAUCAUAAGAGAAGGGAGUAUAUUGCAGCUUUUCUGAGUCACUUUGGAACUGGUGUGGUGGAAUAUGAUGCAGAGGGCUUCACAAAGCUCACACUGUUACUGAUGUGGAAAGAUUUUUGCUUCCUUGUUCACAUUGAUCUACCCCUGUACUUUCCUCGAGACCAGCCAACUCUAACAUUUCAGUCAGUCUAUCACUUCACUAACAGUGGACAGCUAUAUUCUCAGGCCCAGAAAAACUACCCGUACAGCCCACGCUGGGAUGGCAAUGAGAUGGCCAAGAGAGCAAAGGCUUAUUUCAAAACGUUUGUCCCUCAGUUCCAAGAGGCAGCUUUUGCGAAUGGAAAGCUGUAGGAAACAGUUGGUCUGGAGAAGAUGCAGACAGAUUCUUACAUUCACGUGCAUGUGAGCCCCAAGAAGAAUUUUUGGAAGUGGGUUGGAAUCUUUUUUUUCCCCCCUCUGGAAUAGUUUUAAUCACCACAGACUUCAUUAAUUCUAUAAAACAAGGACCCCAUCUGUCUUAUUCUAAACUGAGUAUUUGAUACCCUUGCAAUCCUCUCCUACCACCACCAUUUCUUUUUAUGGCCACUGGAUUAAAUUAAAACCUUAGUGUUUAGAUGUGAUACCGUUUCCCUGUGACAACAAUGUCAUAUGCAAUACCUUGUGUCAGAAAUCCUUGUCUUUCAUGAGUUGUUAAGAAAUGAAUUUUUUCAUACCAGUAUUCUGUUGUUCUGAACCUUUGUAUAUUUUGCUUAUCGAUUUUCAGGAUAUCCUAAGAAUAUAUAACAUUGCCAUAUUUUUCAAAAAUGUCUAAUAGAUUAUAUAAUGCCAUGUUCUGCCUCUGAUAUGUGCCUGUAUUUAUGGUUCUUAUUGACAUAUGUCUGAGUGUGAGUUGCAAUAUUUAAUUACUCACUGCUUUUCAGAUGUGUCUUAUGUCGGCAUGGGAAUAUUUUUUUAAUAUUUCAGUUGAAAACUCAUCCUGCGUUGAAUUCAGUGUCUUUAUGUUCUAGUUUACUUCAGGUAAUACAAUUUAAGGUGGCUUUCUAAUUGAUAUUCAUUGCUGUUACCAAGAAAGGUCUAUUGCUUUAGCAUCAAAUGCUCAAGUAACCAGUUGUAUAAAUUAAGGUAACAAAAUAGAGCUCCUGCAUAGACCUAUAUAACUCUGUCAAGUAAUGUAAAUACAAUUAAUGAAACAGGCCUUUAGCAAGGAAUUAUUGGAGUCUUUGAAGGCAACAAGCAAUAAUUCAGGGGAUCAGAUUUCUUUAACCUAAGACUUGCAGAUACAUUCAGCAUAUAUAUUUAAAGAAUUGAUGAACAGACAUAAUGGAAUGCAUCCGUUUUUUUCUAGUGCUGUAAUGAUAAAUGAAGAAUUCCAGCUACUCAUCUUCUCCUUCUUGUGAUAUAUUAGAGCAGGCCAUAUAUAGCUGACUCUUCUGGUGUCACUUCCCAAAUUAAGUUGUAGACAGACAUGGGUACUUUCCAGGAUUGAAUAAAAUAAAAUGUUGUUAUAAAUGGCAUACAGAAAAAGUACCUUCUGCUAAAUGUUAGGGAACUGGACUGAUGAGCUAUGACGAAGACAUAUUAGUGAAAAGUAAUAUAUCACUGUUUCUGCUAAUGUUAUUAAAUCUGUAUACAACUUUUAAUUGAUUUGCAAUAUUACCAGAAUUUUCAUGUAACUUGGGAUUUUUAAAGAAAAAUAUUGUUUACUAGAAUCACUGUGUCCAAGGUUACAUGUAUGAUCCUUAUAAAUGAAAUUUUCAUAAUGAAUACAUUCUGUUAGUCUAGUUUCCCUGAGAAACUACCAA